UUGUCUGAAUCAGCUAACUAGCAUUAGCCAGAUUGAAUUAGCGAGGGUUAGCCGGCCAACGCCACAUUGUUCUUGGAAUUGUAACAAAGCACUUAAAACCCAAACACCUAAAGAAUGAGAAGAGUUACCCUCUUUGUUAACGGGACAUCUAAAAAUGGCAAGGUUGUAGCAGUGUACGGGACCUUGCCUGACUUACUGUCCGUAGCCAGCAGCAAGUUGGGAAUCAGAGCUGCCUCUGUAUACAAUGGCAAGGGGGGUCUCAUAGAUGACAUUGCACUUAUACGAGAUGACGACGUUCUGUAUGUGUCAGAAGGAGAUCAAUUUGUUGAUCCUCAAAACGAACCUGCGGUUUCUUCUGAUCAGCACGGAGCACAGACUGACUGGCUGACCCUUAAUAUUGGUGGUCGUCCCUUUACCACAACCAGGAGCACUUUGGUCAGCAAGGAGCCAGAGAGCAUGCUUGCCCACAUGUUUCGAGAGAAAGAUGUGUGGGGGAACACUCAAGACGAGCAUGGGGCCUAUCUAAUCGACCGCAGCCCUGAAUACUUUGAGCCUAUCCUCAACUACUUGAGACACGGUCAGCUCAUUAUCAAUGAAGGCAUCAACAUACGAGGUGUUCUUGAGGAGGCUCGCUUCUUUGGAAUUGAGCAGCUUGCUGAACAGCUGGAAGUAGCAAUCAAGAACACACAGCCACCAGAGGACCACUCUCCCCUUUCCCGCAAGGAGUUUGUUCGUUUUCUUCUGGCAACCCCCACCAAGUCGGAGCUCCGCUGUCAGGGUCUUAAUUUCAGCGGUGCAGAUCUGUCCCGACUCGAUUUGCGCUACAUAAAUUUCAAGAUGGCUAAUCUCAGCCGCUGCAACUUGACACACGCAAACCUGUGCUGUUCCAAUCUGGAACGGGCUGAUCUUUCUGGAGCAAGCUUGGACGGGGCUAACCUACAAGGGGUGAAGAUGCUCUGUUCUAAUGCCGAGGGAGCUUCUCUCAAAGGAUGCAAUUUUGAAGAUCCAUCUGGACUGAAGGCCAACCUGGAAGGUGCUAACCUGAAAGGAGUCGACAUGGAGGGAAGCCAAAUGACCGGCAUCAACCUGCGGGUGGCCACUCUGAAAAAUGCAAAGCUGAAGAACUGCAACCUGCGGGGAGCCACUUUAGCAGGGACUGAUCUGGAGAACUGUGACCUGUCCGGCUGUGAUUUACAAGAAGCCAACCUGAGAGGGUCCAAUGUAAAAGGAGCCAUUUUUGAAGAGAUGCUGACCCCUCUGCACAUGUCACAGAGUGUCAGAUAACGCGACACACACACACACACACACACCUGUGUCCAGUGUGGGGUCACAGCUGGUUUCUUUAUCGCUCUUUCCUCCUGCGGUAUAUUCUCUCUCUCUCUCUCUCUCUCUCUCUCUCUCUCUCUCUCUCUCUCUCUCUCUCUCUCUCUCUCUCUCUCUCUCUCUCUC